AUGGCAGGAAAGAGAAAGAGAGCAGCCGCUGUCGUUGAAGAGAAUGACGAAGAAUGCGGUGGUGUUGGAGAGGAGGAAAGCAAAAACACUCAGGAGAGCACUAAGGAAGAACAGAACUCUGAGAAAGAGGAGGAGGCUUCUCCAAAACCAAAAGAGAAGAAGAAAACGACAAAGAAGAAAGAAACAACGAAGAAGGCUUCAUCAUCAUCGACGGCAGGCAAGAAGUCAACUGCAGCGCCAAAGAAAGGUUCAAAACCUGUCAUUAAAUCAGAGUCGGAAGCAAGAAAUAUGAUCCUAGAGUAUAUGAAGGCUCAAAACAGGCCUUACUCCCUCCAGCAAGUCAUUGAUAAUUUGGGUGGUCAAAUCAAAAAAGCAAUGGCCACAAAGUGUAUUGACAAACUCGAAUCAGACGGGGAGCUGAUAUUAAAAGCGAAUGGAAAGCAGAAACUUUGGUAUCGAAAUCAAGCCGAUCUCGAGGUGUUAUCUAAGGACGAGCUCAAGGAAAUUGAUAAUGAAAUUAAGGAAAUACAGAAAGAUCUUGCUGCUGUCAAGUCCGAAAAUCAAAAACUCUCCUCUGAGUUGGCCAGAAUCCAGAAAGCUCCUACCACAGAGCAGCUUGAAACCAUUGUCGAAAAGCAACGUGAGGAGCUUGCUUCAAAAAAGCAAAAACUUGAAAAACUUGAGAGUGGAUCUAUUCAACUGGUGUCUCCUGAUGAAAAGAAGAAGGCCCUCACCGAGCUUGAGAAGUAUUUAAAGGAAUGGAAAAAGCGGAAGAAUCUUGCGAUGAGCAUUUUCGAUACCUGUUCAGAAAAUUGUGAGACCAAACCUUCGGAAUUGAUGGAAGAAAUUGGAAUGGACACUGAUGAGAGUGUAGGAGUGGAUAUGAAGAAUAUGGGACGUCUUUACUGA